AUGUCAGGCAGCAGUACAUUUGGGCGCUGGAGCAGUCCGUUCACCCUGAACUUCCUCCCGAGUCGAGGCCUUUCCUGCAGCAGCCAGCUCAUCACGAGUAGAGAUCAGGCUGACCUUCCCGAGGGUGCUCACGGGAGUCGGCGCCACGCAUGCGCAGAACUUCUCACCGUGCAUCCACCCGGCAUUGUUGUUGCUCGGGGAUGGCGCAGAGGAGAGUCACCGGGACAGGGCGAUGAGAGACCGCUUAACAGAAGACGCCUCCGAGAUCAGCCCGCUAGAAGUCUUGGCUCCGGAAUGGAGGCCUGGAUGGAGUUAGGAAAGGUUCCAGAAGAGAAGGAGCCCGCAGAAGGAAUGGCUCCAGUGGCAGUAGCAAUCUUCAGCCCAGAUCGCUAG